CCGCCAGCUGCGAGGAGUUCUCUUUCGUCAGUCCGCUGGUGAAGUACCUGCUCUUCUUCUUCAACAUGCUCUUCUGGGUGAUCUCCAUGGUGAUGGUGGCGGUGGGUGUCUAUGCUCGGCUGAUGAAGCAUGCAGAAGCAGCCCUGGCCUGCCUGGCAGUGGACCCCGCCAUUCUGCUGAUCGUGGUGGGCGUCUUGAUGUUUCUGCUCACCUUCUGCGGCUGCAUUGGAUCCCUCCGCGAGAACAUCUGCCUCCUGCAGACGUUCUCCCUCUGCCUCACCUUGGUCUUCCUGCUUCAGCUGGCCGCGGGCAUACUGGGCUUCGUCUUCUCGGACAAGGCCCGGGGGAAGGUGAGCGAGAUCAUCAACAAUGCCAUCGUGCACUACCGAGAUGACCUGGACCUGCAGAACCUCAUUGAUUUUGGCCAGAAGAAGUUCAGCUGUUGUGGAGGGAUUUCCUACAAGGACUGGUCCCAGAACAUGUACUUCAACUGCUCGGACGACAACCCCAGCCGGGAGCGCUGCUCUGUGCCUUACUCCUGCUGCCUGCCCACCCCCAACCAGGCAGUGAUCAACACCAUGUGUGGCCAAGGUAUGCAGUCCCUUGACUACCUGGAAGCCAGUAAAGUCAUUUACCCCAACGGCUGCAUUGACAAGCUGGUCAACUGGAUACACAGCAACCUCUUCUUACUCGGCGGGGUGGCGCUGGGCCUGGCCAUCCCCCAGCUGGUGGGAAUCCUGCUGUCCCAGAUCCUGGUGAACCAGAUCAAAGAUCAGAUCAAGCUACAGCUCUACAACCAGCAGCACCGGGCUGACCCGUGGUACUGAGGACCCGUCACCGUGGCAGCAGACGCGUCUCGUCUUGUCCUCCCACGAUGGCAGGCCCAGCUCUGGGCACCAAGUAGACAUGGGGGCGGGAGGGCAGCCCCUCAGAGACAGCCGUGUAGGAAGCAGGUUCCAGAAUGGCAGAAGGCAGGGCACAUAGCCGCCCUCCCUCGGGCAGGGUCUUGGAAGGAUGUAUGUGCCCCACCCCACACCCCACCUACCCCUGCAGCAAUCCGCCCCAUCCUAGCCCGACCCACUAUUAGUGAAUUGUUUGUCUUGCUUCUCUCCUUAAGCAUUUGGGUUUCUGUUUUGUUUUGUUUUGAAGUUUGUUUGGAAAACAGCCAGUGCUGGCUGCCCGCUUCACUCUGAGGCCUUAGGGCCAGCUGGGCUGGGGCAGCUGCUGAGCUCGGCAGCUGGCAGACCGCGACUCUGUAAUGGCCCCAGGGUCCUCCACCCGGAGCCCAGUGGGCCCAAGACCAACUCCAGCAAGGAAGGUGGUGGAGUGGGCAGUGAGCUCGGGGGUCGGCUGGGGACAGUUGUAUAUAUCUGUCCGGCACUGUGGAAGGGGAUGUUUACUGAAUGCCUGCGCUGCCAUUCCCCAGGUAGCUACACCCUGCCCCUCCUUCGUUUCCAUGGAAACGUGGCAGCACAGGCCAGGGGUGCCACAGCGGCCAAAUUCAGCUUUUGGGGGAGAAAAGUAUGGAACCAGGUUCACUGCCCUCUACAGCCUGCAUAAAGGGAACUGAGCCAGAGAUGCCCUGCCGUCCUCCCCGUGGUGGGGGGCCCUCCGGGGAACCCUCCCCCACCAAGUGGGGUCUUGUGCAGAAGAGGCAGGCGGUCCCACUGACCCACCAGCCCCUGCGCUGGGCACUGCCACCAGUAAGCAGCAGGAGUCUUGGGCAGAAGGAGCCAGAAACAGCAAUAACAGUUUGUUGGCCUGGGCUAAAGAAGCCUCCGUGAAUUUUCCACUCUGCCAUCUGCGGGGGAAGGGUAGGGAAACUCAGCAGGGCCCCCCUUAAGCCCCACCUACCUAGCUCAGAACUGUGUGCACUGCCCCCACCCCCCAUCCCUCAACACAUUCUAAACCUCUCCAAUCUAAACCAAACAGAUGUUUAUUAAAAAAUAUUUUUCAAAUUAAA